AUGGGAUACAAAGAACAACAAAACCCAGAUGCAGUGGAUCGUUUGGAUUUAGCAUAUAGGGAUAUCAUUGAAAUUAACCCACAAAUUGUUGACAGAUUUGGACCAUAUGUAAAAGAAUUAGAUUUAUCAAAUAAUAAUCUUGAAAAGGAUUUAACAAUAUUAGAAGGAUUUAAAAGAUUAACAACAUUAGUUUUAGAUAAUAAUAGAAUAACACAUCAUAUAAAAUUCCCAUUAUUAACACAAUUACAUACAUUAUGGAUAAAUAGUAAUCAAAUUAGUAAUCUUAGUGUAUUUGUUGAUAGAGUUUGUGAAUCAUUUCCAAAUAUUCGUACAUUCUCAAUGUUAAAGAAUGAAGCAUGUCCAAACUUUUUCAAUGGUCAUUCAUUGAGAGAGUAUAAAGAUUAUAGAUUAUAUAUUAUAUCAAGAUUAAAAUAUGUACAGAUAUUAGAUUCAACACCAGUAACACCAGAGGAAAGAGUCGAUGCAAUUAAACUAUAUGGUAAUUUCAAUACUGUCAAUCAAUCACUUGCAAAUUCAACACCAAAACCAACAUUAGCACCAGCAGAAGUAGAAAUUGAGGAUGAUCCAAAAAAGAAAAGAGAAGAAAAAUUAAAAAAAACUUUACAAGAAAAAGAACAAAAGGAAAAAGAAAAACAAGAAAGAAGGGAAAGAAGGCGUUUAAAAAGAGAGGGAAAAGAAGAAAGAACAUUUAAAAAAUUACAAGAAAAACAAAAAUUACAACAACAACAACAACUUGAUACUGAUUCAACUAUUACAAACAAAGAUGAUUUCACUUCUGAUGAAGAAGAAGAUAAUAGUAAUAAUAAUAAUAAUAAUAAUAAUUUAGCUACACCAGUCAAACCAACUACCACUAAAAAUUCAUUACCAAUAUUCUCAAGUGAACAAUCACCAGCAUCAACUAUUUUACCACCAAAUCCACAAAAACAAUCAGCUUAUGAAUCUCAUGAUAUCGCAGAUGAUGAAGCAUUCACCGCAGAUUCUUCUGAUCAUUCAGAUUUACCAUUGUAUAAAAAUUCAACAACAAUUACUCCACCACCACCACCAAAUACAUUACUUUCACCCCAACCAAAUAACAUUCAACUUAAACCUCAAAAUGAAGAUGACGAUGACGAUGAUGAUGAUGAUGAAGAAGAGGAAGAGUCUGAAACUGAAAGUUCAGAUUGGUCAUCAGAGUCCUUAGAUAAUGAUGAUGAAGAAGUUAACCAAAUCAAUUCCAAAUUACCAACUAAAAUGACUUUAAGAGAUCAAUACUAUCAAGGUGAUGAUGAUGACGAUGAUGAUGAAUCAGAGGAAGAAUAUACUCAUUUUCCAGUUAGACCAAUUAAAAAAUAA